UCUCAUCCACAAAUAGCCAUACUUUUGCAUCGACCUCACUCUUCUCUCCCUCUUUCUACGCCUUUUACUCAUGCUAAAGGCGCACUCCAUCCAUGACAACCCUUUUCAUCGAUAAGAACCCACUCCAUAUCCCCGAGAUCAGAAGCCGCAUCAGUCGCCUAGUCUCCGUGAAGGAUGCUAUCUCUUGCGUUCGGGUCUCUAAAGACUGGUCGAAUGAUUUCGUUUUUCCGAUUUGGUAUGCCAUCGAUUUCAAGGUCCACAACACUUUUGAGCAACUCAGCGCCGACAUUGUCGCCAAGCAUGGACACCACAUCCGCAUAGUCGAGGAUCUCAAAACCCAACUGCAGCUGAAUGCCCUUCUUUCUCCAAGUAUCAAGAACAUACGAGUUCUCCGAAUAACAUGCGCCAGCAGUGCCCGAUUCCGCACCUUGUGCAUGGAUCUCAUCAGCAGGAACAACAGCAACCUCAGAAAGCUGUCAUUGGGGAUAGAUGUAAAUGCGAACCAGCGUGAUCUGUCUUUCCGGAUGAUUUUCGUUGAUGCGCUCGUCCCUCACUCUUCCGUCUCCAGACUCUCUUCCGUAAGACUCCAUGGUAUCUGCCUCAGCCGGAAUUCGUUUGCCUCUUUACUGAGAGGUUGUCCUCUGCUCACAAGAGUGGACUUGCAGCAGGACGUCGCGCUGCUCUCAGGCUCCUCCAUAGACACCUUUCAGCACACGAGAGUGGCCACUCUGACGGCUCCUAUCUCUCAAGUCUUCAAACCCGACCCCGAAUCAGAGCCCUCACCCCCAGGCUCGUCGUUGCUCGCACAUUUCCCCAACCUGACUUACUGGCAUGUCUAUAAUCAAGUGACGACCCUGGUCGUUCCUAUCAAGCGAAUCAAGGCCGAGGUUCGAAUGUGCUGCCCAAAAGUGACUCAAAUCGGUACAUGGGUCACACCAAGCCCUGUUCUAUAUGACUUGGUGGCAAACGUGUUCCGCAACCUGGUGUCUGUCACUUUUGCGUACAAAGAGCUCUCUACAGAUGUCAUUAUAGCGCUGACAUUCCAUAACGCGACGUUACUCGAUAUCUCCACCUUUUGGGAUGUUCAUGAAUGCCAUACUGAAAGAGAUCACUUCCCUCGCGAGGACGAUUACUUUCAAUCGAGGGGUCGAGCUCUACAGUUACUGCCGCGCAGCUGCCUAAACCUUCAGAUCCUUGGACUUGAACGUCACGAGAUGGACAUGGACCAUGUGGAGGAGUCAGAAUGGGCAUGCAAACGAUUGCAAGAGCUUCGUGUCCGAAUUCGAGAAUUAGAUACCAAAGAAAAGGUUAAGAGGGCUCUGCAAUUGUGGAAGGAGGGAAGGAAAAAGAACGAAACAGACGUGAUGGACGAGGAAAGGAAGAAGGUUGUCGAUGAGUCUAACGAAUCUCAUGUGAAGAAGGAGGACACAUCGAUCGAGGCACGCGUGGCGAAACAUCUCUUGACGUUCGAUAAACUGAAGGCAGUCUGGCUGGGUACUCGCACAUGUUAUUCGUAGAUGGCCUAACUAGUCGAUGGUUCCCUAUUAAAAAAAGCAAUAAAAAAAUAAAACGCACCCUCCAUGGGGCGACAUGAGGACACUGAGAGCAGAAAACGGCCUUGUAUCCAAGCUUUCGGAUUGAGGGCUAUAGGCACUCAAUACCCUUCGUUAACGCUUACGAGAUGGAUAAAGAAGAUUGUCAAGCUGGUGUUAAGCAGAUACCAAGGGAUGUGCAGCGAACUGUGUUGCGGAAGAGGAGGAAAAUGAGAGUGAAGGAGCGCGUGAAAGGAUAAGGUUUAUAUCCGAAAUUUUG